UUCCUAAUUGCUUUUUAAUUCUCCUUCACAUCUUUCCUUGACCUCAUGACGUUUAGUAUUGGGGUUAAGAAAGGACAUAGGAAUAAAUUUUUUUGACUUUCAUCACACAAAGUGACAUUCAGCUCUGAUUUAUAUGAAGCAGUAAAAUCCUCCAAACAGCUCCAUGAGGCCAUCUAGUGGACUGAAAGAAGAAGAGCAGCUGAUGGCAGCUUCCUCUGCUCUGAUUCGUCCUCACCACUGACCAAUGAGAACCAGCAGCAUCUUCUCUGUCCAAUAACAAACCACUAUUGAUCCAUGUGUUGAUCAGUUCUCCGUGUUGAGUGAAUGAAAUGCGAUAGAGUGAUGAGAACAGUCAAGCCAAAGGGCCAACAAGCCAAAAGGAUUCAACUGACAAUGAUAUGACAGCCAAUCAAAGGACCAGCUGCUGAUAUUUGGCUUUUUUUCCAGGAGAAAUUAUUUGAGGGAUGAAUGAGUGAUGAUGUGCUGAUGAAUGAUUGGACUGCUGCUCUCAGUGUUUCCUCUCCAGAUGAAGGUGUGGACUCUGCUAUGAGUCAGUGUGAGGACAGAGAGGAGGGAGUCCCUCCCUCUAAAACCCCUCUGUGUGGGGAACAUGACAGCAAGACCAAAGCUCAGAGCCCAGAGAAGCAGUGCAGACCUGGACCUGGACCUGGACCCAGCUGUGUGUCCAUGAAGAGUGAGCGGUCUAUAGGUCAUCCUCUAGUCUUCAAAGAUGGACCCCACUCUGUUGAUCAAAGGAGGAAUCUGGAAGAACUUGAACCCAGCAGUGUGUCCAUGAAGAGUGACUGGUCUAUGGUUGCUCCUUUAGUCUUCAAAGAUGGACGCCACUCUGUUGAUCAAAGAGUGGACCAGGAGAGCUCAGAAGUUCCCAGUGGUCAGUCUGCCCAGCAGCAUCAAACACAAAUGGACUCCAUAUUUAUGCUGCUGGAGGAAGACAUCAGCACUUUUGUGAAGAACGAGCUGAAGAAGAUCCAGAAGGUUCUGAGUCCAGAUUACCCAGAAUUCUUAGAGAGUCCGAGGGAGGAUGAGGAGGUGUUGGACGGUGAGGAUGAAGAGCAGAUGAGGAUCAGUAGAGAGGCAUUUCUGAAGAUAACACUGCACUUCCUGAGGAGAAUGAAGCAGGAGGAGCUGGCUGACCGUCUGCAGAGCAAAAGUCCUGCUGCAGGUGGUAAGCGUAAACUCAAAUCUAAGCUGCAGAAGAAGUUCCAGUGUGUGUUUGAGGGGACUGCUAAAGCAGGAAACCCAACCCUUCUGAAUCAGAUGUUCACAGAGAUCUACAUCAUAGAGGGAGGGACUGCAGAGGUCAAUGAUGAACAUGAGGUCAGACAGAUUGAAACAGCAUCCAGGAAACCAGACAGACCAGAAACAAGAAUCAGACGAGAAGACAUCUUUAAAGCCUCACCUGGAAGAGAUGAACCAAUCAGAACAGUGAUGACAAAGGGAGUGGCUGGCAUCGGGAAAACAGUCUUAACACAGAAGUUCACUCUGGACUGGGCUGAAGACAAAGCCAACCAGGACAUCCAGUUCACAUUUCCAUUCACUUUCAGAGAGCUGAAUGUGCUGAAAGAGAAAAAGUACAGCUUGGUGGAACUUGUUGAUCUCUUCUAUAGUGAAACCAAAGAAGCAGGAAUCUGCAGGUUUGAAGAGGUCGUGUUCAUCUUUGACGGUCUGGAUGAGUGUCGACUUCCUCUGGACUUCCACAAUACUGAGAUCCUGACUGAUGUUACAGAGUCCACCUCAGUGGAUGUUCUGCUGACAAACCUCAUCAGGGGGAAACUGCUUCCCUCUGCUCGCCUCUGGAUAACCACACGACCUGCAGCAGCCAAUCAGAUCCCUCCUGAGUGUGUUGACAUGGUGACAGAGGUCAGAGGGUUCACUCAUCCACAGAAGGAGGAAUACUUCAGGAAGAGAUUCAGAGAUGAGGAGCAGGCCAACAGAAUCAUCUCCCACAUCAAGACAUCACAAAGCCUCCACAUCAUGUGCCACAUCCCAGUCUUCUGCUGGAUCACUGCUACAGUUCUGGAGGACAUGUUGAAGACCAGAGAGGGAGGAGAGCUGCCCAAGACCCUGACUGAGAUGUACAUCCACUUCCUGGUAGUUCAGUCCAAAGUGAAGAACAUCAAGUAUGAUGGAGGAGCUGAGACAGAUCCACACUGGAGUCCAGAGAGCAAAAAGAUGACUGAGUCUCUGGGAAAACUGGCUUUUGAGCAGCUGCAGAAAGGCAACCUGAUCUUCUAUGAGUCAGACCUGACAGAGUGUGGCAUCGAUAUCAGAGCAGCCUCAGUGUACUCAGGAGUGUUCACACAGAUCUUUAUAGAGGAGAGUGGACUGUACCAGGACAAGGUGUUCUGCUUUGUCCAUCUAAGUGUUCAGGAGUUUCUGGCUGCUCUUCAUGUCCAUCUGACAUUCAUCAACUCUGGAGUCAACCUGCUGGCAGAAGAACAGAUAACAUCCCGCCAGUGGUUUCUCUUCAGAAACAAACCUGAACCAUCACAGUUCUACCAGAGUGCUGUGGACAAGGCCUUACAGAGUCCAAAUGGACACCUGGACUUGUUCCUCCGCUUCCUCCUGGGUCUUUCACUGCAAACCAAUCAGAGUCUCCUACGAGGUCUAAUGACACAGACAGGAAGUAGCUCACAUACCAAUCAGAAAACAGUUGAGUACAUCAAGAAGAAGAUCAGUGAGAACUCUGUAGAGAGAAGCAUCAAUCUGUUCCACUGUCUGAAUGAACUGAAUGAUCGUUCUCUAGUGGAGCAGAUCCAACAGUCCCUGAGUUCAGGAAGUCUCUCCACAGAUAAACUGUCUCCUGCUCAGUGGUCAGCUCUGGUCUUCAUCUUACUGUCAUCAGAAAGAGAUCUGGAUGUGUUUGACCUGAAGAAGUACUCUGCUUCAGAGGAGACUCUUCUGAGGCUGCUGCCAGUGGCCAAAGCUUCCAACAAAGCGCUACUGAGUGGCUGUAACCUGUCAGAGAGAAGCUGUGAAGCGCUGUCCUCAGUUCUCAGCUCCCAGUCCUCUAGUCUGAGAGAGCUGGACCUGAGUAACAAUAAGCUGCAGGAUUCAGGAGUGAAGCAGCUAUCGGCUGGACUGAAGAGUCCACACUGCAGACUGGAAACUCUCAGGCUGAGUGGCUGUAAGCUGUCAGAGAGAAGCUGUGAAUCUCUGUCCUCAGUUCUCAGCUCCCAGUCCUCUAGUCUGAGAGAGCUCGACCUGAGUAACAACGAGCUGCAGGAUUCAGGAGUGAAGCAGCUGUCGGCUGGACUGAAGAGUCCACACUGCAGACUGGAAACUCUCAGUCUGUCAGGGUGUCUGGUCUCAGAGGAAGGCUGUACUUCUCUGGCCUCAGCUCUGUGCGUCAACCCCUCCCAUCUGAGAGUGCUGGACCUGAGCUACAAUCAUCCAGGAGACUCAGGAGUGAAGCUGCUGUCAGCUGGACUUAAGGAUCCAAACUGGAGACUGGACACUCUCAGGACGGACCAUGGUGGACCACAGAGACUGAGACCUGAUGUGAGGAAGUAUGUCUGUGAACUGGAACUGGACACAAACACAGUACACAGAAAACUCAAACUGUCUGACAACAACAGGAAGGUGACAAAUGUGGGAGAGGAUCAGUCAUAUCCUGAUCAUCCAGACAGGUUUGACUGCUGGCCUCAGCUGCUGUGUAGAAAUGGUCUGACUGGUCGCUGUUACUGGGAGGUUGAGAGGAGAGGAAGGGUUUCUAUAUCAGUGAGUUACAGAGGAAUGAGAAGGAGAGGAAAUAGUGAAGACUGUAGGUUUGGAGGGAAUGAUCAGUCCUGGAGUCUGAGGUGCUCUGAUGAUGGUUACUCUGUCUGGCACAAUAACAGAGUAACAGCCCUCACUCCCUCCUCUGUCUCUAACAGAGUAGCAGUGUAUGUGGACUGUCCUGCUGGCACGCUGUCCUUCUACACAGUCUCCUCUGACUCACUGAUCCACCUCCACACAUUCAACACCACAUUCACUCAACCUCUUUAUCCCAGCUUUGGGGUCUGCUCUGGUUCAUCAGUGUCUCUGUGUCCUCUGCAGGACUGAGAGUCUCUCCUGUGGACAGAAACACUGACUGAAGAUCAGCUGCUGAAAUCAAAGUUCAGUCUGUUCAACAUCACACACACUACAGACCAAUCGGGUUGGGUACCGAACUUGGUACCUUUUGGGUACCGACCGAGUUACAUCUGUACUACUGAGGACCGAUUCACUUUAAAUCAAACUGUACCAAAUUUCAGUACGUGAGAGUGAGUGAGCGCAAGCUUAUCUGUCUUCUCUGCAUAUUGACAGAGAGCGAAAGACACACACACACACACACACACAGCUACA